CACACUGGGCAUUUGACGGAAAUGAAUUCCGGUACUCACUUUCUGAUGAUUUUUCCCAUGAGCGAAUUGAAACGAGCAGCAAGGUCAAGACACAUUCUCUGCAUCGUGGGUCUUACGGUUGACUAAUCAGAUGAAGUGGUGGUGCGGUCAGCAGAGCACACGACUGGAAAGUGAGAGGGACAUUCCAGACGGGGAGAGUCAGAAGCCCUGAGGGGGAGAUGACAAAGGAGGAUGUUUCAGAGCCUGUUGAGGGAGACGCUCUGCGGGACUGGGCCUCCUCCCAUCAGCGGCCCAUUAUCCAUCAGGUGGCCUCUGCACCCAUGCCCAGUGACUGCGAGUUCUCCUUCUUUGACCCGAGUGAGCCGCAGUGCAGAGAGGUUCUCCUGGAUCCCAGCACCACCAUACCAGAGCUGUUCGCUGUCCUCAGGCAGUGGGUGCCCCAGGUCCAGAAGAACAUUGACCUCAUCGGCAAUGAGAUCCUAAAGAGAGGCUGCGGUGUGAAUGAUCGAGACGGUCUGACGGAUAUGAGCCUCCUGCACUACUGCUGCAAGGCCGGGGCCCAGGGCAUCGGUGAUGCAGAGACAGCGGCUGGGUUUGCACGCCAGCUUCUUUCCUUGGGUGCUGACCCUAACCUUCGCUCGCGCUGGACUAACAUGAGGGCUCUGCACUACGCUGCCUACUUUGACGUCCCCCAGCUGAUCUGGGUGGUGCUGCAGGCCUCCCAGCCUGGAGAGGUAGAUGCCACCUGUAGUGACUUCGACUUUGGCACCGCACUGCACAUCGCUGCGUCCAACCUGUGCACGUCGGCUCUCAAAUGUCUCCUGGAGCUGGGAGCCAACCCUGCUUUCAGAAAUGAGAAAGGGCAGUGCCCAGCAGACGUUGUGCCUGACCCCCUGGACAUGCCCCUGGAGAUGUCCGAUGCAGCGGCCAUGGCCAAAGAGCUCCGGACUCUGCUGAGACGGGCUUUACCCAGACCCAGCUCCCCUCUGCCGCUCACACUGCAGGCCCAGUCCCUCCCUGGUCUCUCCGAUAAGGCCAGGAUCCAGCUCGCCGCCAUGGGACUCCGACUAGGAGACCGUGUGGUGAUAGCCGGACAGAAGGUUGGAAGGCUUCGAUUCUGUGGCAGCACCGAGUUCUCUGGAGGCCUCUGGGCCGGAGUGGAGCUGGAUAAACCGGAGGGGAAGAACGACGGCUCGGUAGCAGGCGUUCUGUAUUUCACCUGUCGUAUCAAACAUGGAAUCUUUGCUCCCCUCUCCAAGAUAAGCAAACCUUUGGAAAGACAUAAAGCCAGCACCAAAAGGACGUCUACUCCCUUAAGACCCCCUCGUCGCAUCGACGUAUCCCGCAUCACCUCCAAGAUAAACACAGGCGUUCUCUCCCGCUCUCUCUCCUCUUCAUCCUCUUCCCUGGAUUCUCGGCAUGGACCAGGGGCCCGCCCUCGUCCCCUGCCAAGGCAGCGUCUUCCUGCCAGGCAGCGGAGGGAGAGAGCUUCUCUCAGUCCGAGGGCCACGCCCUCACCUGCGAUCCACUCUUCUCCUGACAACACUGCACUUCCUCCUGCAGGUCUUCGAAGUAGAACCCCCUCGGCUAGUAGCUCAGUGUUUGGGGGCCCCGAGGUGCGCCUGGGGGAGAGGGUGCUGGUGGUCGGUCAGAGAACUGGUGUAGUGCAGUUCUACGGGAAAACCAACUUUGCUCCAGGGCUCUGGCUGGGCAUUGAGCUGGAUAAGCCCAGUGGUAAGAACGAUGGGUCGGUGGGGGGGGUGAGGUACUUCAGCUGUCCUUCCAAACAUGGCGUCUUUGCUCCUCCUUCUCGCGUCCAAAGGAUCCAUGGAUCUGUUGACUGCCUGUCGGAGCUCUCCUCCUCGCGCCAUCCUUUCAGCGGGACGAUCCGUCGCACUUUCAGCACAUCAUCGGCCAUCGCUGCCUCCAAGGAGACGAGCCGGAGGAGUCCUGUCACCAGAAAUCGCUCUAACCCUCACCGCCGGCGCUGGAGUUCACUGAGUGGGGCUGUUCCCGGGAGCGCAUCAGGGCCCGCCCCCCCGCUGGGCUCCACCCCCCCGCCUGCCUCCGGGCAGGUCUGCCUCCACGUGGGCAUGCAGGUCCUGCUCACCAGCGCCAACGACAUGGCCUCCAUCCGCUACCUGGGCCCCGCGGACUUCGCCCCAGGGCUCUGGCUGGGCCUGGAGCUGCGCAGCCCCAAGGGGAAGAACGACGGCUCUGUGGGGGGGCGGAGCUACUUCAGCUGUCGGCCCGGGCACGGGGUGCUGGUCCGGCCCAGCCGCGUCACCUACAGGGGCCUCAACGGGGCCCGCCUGGUGGACCAAGACAGCUAGGGACUGUGGGAAGGGGUUGGGAGGACAUUUAAAGAAGUUUUGUCUUUCUUUUUAUGAUCUUCUAUUCAAUGCAAAAAAGAUAUGCAUUACAUAUAAAUGUCAUAUUUCUCAUUUACAUAGUUAUUCCUUUAUAUUCCUUUACAUGACUUUACAUUACAGGUCACUUAGACGCUUUUAUCCAAAGUGACUGACACAGGAGCAGUCUGGGGGAAGUGGACACAACAUGCUGACUGCAGUGGGACUCGGACGUUCUCUCCACUGAUCCAAGAUCAGCGCCUAUACCACUGAGCCACAGCCUCUUUCAGAGGAGUUGUAAGUUACAGCAAUAAAACUACCUAUUAAGAGUUCAAUGUAAAAAUACUCAAUUCAAUUUGGACAAAAAUAUGAGGUAAAGAAAGCACUUUAUGAAAUGAACUAUACAUUCUUAUUAGAAUUAGUCAGGGCAGGAUACUAGGGGGGAAGUCUGAAUAAGACAUACAACACUGCACUACUUUGAAUCUGAUUGCACUGAGAAAGAAUAUCAAUGACCGAUCAGAAUGAGAUUAGGCGGAUGGUAUGGAUGUGCACACAUGAAAAAGUGUUUCUAAUACCCAAAGCUAAUUUUGAUCACAUGCAGUAGAGAUUUGAUCAGAUCAUUUAGAUAAUGGUAAUUUAGCUUACUCUCCAACAAAGUGUGCAUGUGUCUGUGAUUAUGUGCGCAUCUGUGUGUGCAUGUGUGUAUUCAUUCGGAGCACUUUGAAACAAGAGACAUGAUUGAUUUGUCCCGGGUCAUCAUAUGGCCUGCAGAGAACUGCAGAUAAUUGAUGGAAGUUGAGUCAGAUCUGGAUUUUCUAGUUUACGAAUCAAUGUGAAUGAAACUAGAAAAUGAUUUAAUUAAGACGCGACCUCCACCGACCUCCAGCAGAAUACAUCUGCUUUAACAGAAGUCAUGUCCUCCCACGUACAACAGUUUGUGCCACAGACCUUACAGUAGGGCUGCGGUAGGCAGGAGUCCAAGACCAAUUGGGAGAAGAACAAUCCAUAAUAACCUUUCAGCAUAUUAUUAUCCUUAGGUCAGAUACCAGAAAGCCGGAGAAUGUUAAAGGAGGAGUUGCUAUUCAAGCAUUGGGGACAACUGUAUUUGCUACAAAUGAACCGGGAAAAAGAAGACGGACGUACCAACAAAGUCUAUCAACCUCAAUGAAUCAUAUCAAUAUUGGAAAAUCUGUUUCAGAGAUGGAGAAAAAAUGCAUUGCUAAGGUUUAGUUGAGUAAGAUUUACCAGAGGUUUACAGCUGGAUCAUCAGUAACCAGAUACAUGUUGAACCCUCAAGGACCAUCACUUUGCAAAGUAACCAGGACAGUUAUUAUCAUAGACCUGCUGCUUUGAAAUGGCACCAGGAUAGCAAUCAGAGGAUUAUGUAUGAAAUGAAUGACUGGGUCGGGGGAGAGGGGGAAGCUGCAGGACGAGGGCUUUAUUUAAAAAUUCUGAAGCUUUUCUUUUUCGUUUCCAGAAGACUGUCUUCUCAGAUUUAGCCCUACAUAAAUGAUGGUUAUAUUGGACUAUUGGCAGCAUUAUCCUACCAACUGCUCCUUUGGCUCUGAUUUGUUUUGGUAAGCAGCAGGCUGCUGACAUUGUAGAGGAAGUGAUGUCAUAUAAUGAUAAAAGUCAUUGAGUUGGAGAUUGAAAGUCCGUCAUACUGACUUGGGCUGAAUUUCUUUAAAAAGUGAAGUUGGAAAGAUCUGAAUGUGUUUAAGCCCUGACAGCUUUUUACUACAGUAUGAUAUUUUCCACAUGUUGAAGACCCCAUUUCAGAGCAGGGGUAUAAAUGUUUUUGACGGUUGAUUAAAGCAGCUCGACACAGGAUAUACGCAAUCAUCUUGUUUGAAGGAUCGCGCUGGCUGUCUGAGCCUCUCUGCAGAGAGCAAGCCAUCGAUUGUGCAUGUGGAAAACAGGCCCACUGUUCAGCAAAACACUCAUGUACCACCCAAUUAAAGUGCAGGCCCCAACAUGAGGAGCAGAAUCUCCAAUGGCCCUCUCAUUGAUCCGUCUGCAGAGCCUGGUGGAGGCAGUGCUGGUCAGAGAUCAGACCGAUGAAAUGCAUUUCUGAGAUCCUAUUGAGAUAUUUCAACCCCACAGAAAGCUAAUUUGCAUAAGGGCCUCCCUGUGAUCACUGCUGUGGCAUUUGUAAGAGUUUCAAAUCUCAGCUUCAGAAAAACUCGCAUAUUUUUGGUGUAUCUGCAAUCCCGAUUGUAUUACAGCAUGAGUACUUUCAGAUUCCACUGGUGUGUAUGACCGUGUUUUGGCGCUGUGUUCCUGUGGGUAAUGGAUUGUUGUUUUUCAUAAAAUUCCUGAUAUUUGAAUCUGAAGUGUGUGAGGGGGAUUUGGUCUGAUGCAUUUUUCAUGUUGUGGAAAAUAACAGUAUUUGUAAAAAAGAAAAUAAAAGACUCUAUUCUAAUUUGA